AUUUCCCAUGAGCAUCCGGUCGGUCCAACUACACCAGACAACAUGGCGGGAAUCGGAGCUUUCCUGAAGAAUGCAUGGAAUAAAGAGCCUGUCAUCCUGGCCUCCUGUGCGAUUGGAGUGAUCGGUGUUGCUAUUCCAUUCAUCAGCCCCAUCACAAAGUAUACAGGAAUGAUCAAUUCAGCUGUGCCAUACAACUACCCAGUUCCUGUGCGAGAUGAUGGAAACAUGCCUGAUGUCCCUGCACAUCCAUCUGAACCCAAAGGAAAUAACCUGGAAUGGCUUAAAAAUCUGUAACUUCACAUUCUCACAAUCGACACCUGUGCUAUUCCUCUUGUUCAUAUCUGUCUACAUAGCUGUUCCACUUAUCAAUGUCCCACAAUAAAGACUGUCUAUUUAAUUCUA